GCGCGGUCGUCGGCGCCACGCUCGACUCGCGCCGCCCGCCCUAUACGCACGCCCGCGAAACGCGCCGUAAACAAAUAAGUUGAAAAAAAAAAGACAUUAAAGUGCAGCACUCCUAACUACUUCUUGAACUAUCUACGAUUUUUGUGUUAUCCGUUUCUGUGACUUUGUUGACAUUUUAAAGUGCAGUAGACGGUGGACCGGCCGGGGUAAACGGCCCGUCAGCCACCCACGGACUGUAGUACUUUGUAGUAAAUCCCUGCCCGCCUGUCGCCGGGUAAUGCACCGAGUUAUCACCCCCUUUAGGAAGAUAGGAUCGUAAGCAAUUUCAAGUCAGCAUGACGGACGACACGGCUAGUCUACUUUUCUGGAAAUACGACAAGAAUAUUGAAGAGGUGACGACCCGGUGAGACGGCAUGGGGGGCGCGGACGGCGAAGAACUGCUGGAAUGGGAGGCGCUGUACCUGCGCCUGUCGCCGACCAACAGCUCGUGGAACGGCAGCGAGUGGAACGCCACUGCGCCGCCGAACGCCACCUGGUGGGACGCCGCCGCGCCCUUCGACUCCCCCGCUGCGCUGGUCCGCGCCGCCGCCAAGGCCGUUGUCCUUGGACUCCUCAUACUCGCUACUGUAGUUGGUAAUGUGUUCGUGAUAGCAGCAAUACUUCUAGAGAGGCAUCUUCGCAGCGCCGCCAAUCAGCUGAUCCUGUCUCUAGCGGUGGCAGAUCUGCUGGUGGCGUGCCUGGUGAUGCCGCUGGGGGCCGUGUACGAGGUCGCGCAGCGCUGGACGCUGGGCCCUGAGCUCUGUGACAUGUGGACCUCAGGAGACGUACUCUGCUGCACCGCUUCCAUCUUGCAUCUUGUCGCUAUCGCGCUUGAUAGAUACUGGGCUGUGACAAACAUCGACUAUAUACACGCUAGAACUGCGAAACGAGUGGGCCUGAUGAUAGCAUGCGUGUGGGUUGUGAGCUUCCUCGUGUGCAUCGCCCCACUGCUGGGCUGGAAGGACCCGGACUGGAACCGUCGCGUGUCCGAGGAACUCCGCUGCAUUGUCAGCCAGGAUGUCGGCUACCAGAUAUUCGCAACAGCUUCGUCAUUCUACGUGCCAGUAUUAAUUAUAUUAAUAUUAUACUGGCGAAUAUACCAAACUGCCAGAAAAAGAAUACGGCGGCGGCGAGCGGCUACAGCACGCGGCGGGCCCCCGCCCGUGCCCGCGGGCGGCGCGCUGGUGGCGGCCGGCGGCAGCGGCGGCAUCGCGGCCGCCGUCGUCGCCGUCAUCGGCCGCCCGCUGCCCACCAUCUCCGAGACCACCACCACGGGCUUCACUAACGUCUCCUCCAACAACACGAGCCCCGAGAAACAGUCAUGCGCCAACGGUCUCGAGGCGGACCCCCCGACGACGGGCUACGGCGCCGUCGCCGCCGCGUACUACCCGACGCUCGUCCGGCGGAAACCGAAGGAAGCCGCCGACUCUAAGAGAGAAAGGAAAGCGGCGAAAACAUUGGCAAUAAUAACCGGCGCGUUCGUGGCCUGCUGGCUACCCUUCUUCGUGCUGGCGAUCCUGGUGCCGACGUGCGACUGCGAGGUGAGCCCGGUGCUGACGUCGUUCUCGCUAUGGCUGGGCUACUUCAACUCGACGCUGAACCCGGUGAUCUACACGGUGUUCAGCCCGGAGUUCCGGCACGCGUUCCAGCGGCUGCUGUGCGGCCGGCGCGCGCGCCGCCGCCGCGCUCCCCCCUAGCUCCCCCUUCGCCCCCUGACUGACCUCGUCUAGCUCGAAACACGUUAUGUUACCUUGUUACAUUUUCAGAGAUAUAUUUACACCCCUUUAUUUUUUGUACAUGAUGAAUGUGAAUAUGAUUACCUGUCUAGUAAAUAAAUUACAAAUUCUC